GCAGGCGCACUGUGUUCGCCGCGCCGAACUGGAGCCAUGGAGCAGGCACCCCUGGACCCUGAGCGGCAGCUGCAGCCUGCGCCCAUUGAGCCGCUGGGCCUCCCCGACUCUGGGCUGGAGGCUGCGGUCGGUGAGGAAGCGGAGGGGGCCCGGGACGCGGGUUCUGGGGUCGACACGAGAAAUUCUUGCCUAUCUAACAUAUCUACCCAAUGUCUAUAUGACAUUGAAUUUGAGAAGUCUGUUGAACACACUGAUGGUCAGAGUGUCCUAACAGACUCACUGUGGAGGCGAUACAGUGAAUUUGAGUUGUUGAGAAACUACCUUUUAGUUUACUAUCCACAUAUUGUUGUUCCACCUUUACCAGAAAAACGGGCAGAAUUUGUUUGGCAUAAACUCUCUGCUGACAACAUGGAUCCGGAUUUCGUGGAGAGACGACGGAUUGGUUUAGAAAACUUUCUCUUGAGGAUUGCUUCACAUCCCAUCCUGUGUAGAGAUAAAAUCUUCUAUUUGUUUUUAACACAGGAAGGAAACUGGAAGGAGACUGUGAAUGAAACUGGGUUUCAGUUGAAGGCAGACUCCAGGUUAAAAGCGCUUAAUGCAACAUUCAGAGUGAAAAACCCAGACAAGAGAGUAGCAGAUAGACUCUAUGGUGUAUAUAAAGUGCAUGGGAAUUAUGGGCGAGUUUUCAGUGAAUGGAGUGCCAUAGAAAAAGAAAUGGGUGAUGGACUGCAGAGUGCUGGUCAUCAUAUGGAUGUGUAUGCGUCUUCUAUUGAUGAUAUUUUGGAAGAUGAAGAACAUUAUGCAGAUCAGUUAAAAGAGUAUCUUUUUUAUGCAGAAGCACUGCGGGCUGUGUGCAGGAAACAUGAACUUAUGCAGUAUGAUUUGGAGAUGGCUGCUCAGGACCUGGCAUCUAAGAAGCAGCAGUGUGAGGAACUGGCAACCGGGACCGUGAGAACAUUCUCUUUGAAGGGAAUGACUACCAAGCUUUUCGGUCAAGAAACUCCAGAGCAGAGAGAGGCCAGAAUAAAGGUGCUAGAAGAACAAAUAAAUGAAGGAGAGCAACAGCUAAAGUCUAAAAAUCUGGAAGGCAGAGAAUUUGUGAAAAAUGCGUGGGCUGAUAUUGAACGCUUCAAAGAACAAAAGAACCGUGAUUUAAAGGAGGCCCUCAUAAGCUAUGCAGUCAUGCAGAUCAGUAUGUGCAAAAAGGGAAUUCAAAUUUGGACCAAUGCUAAAGAAUGCUUUAGCAAGAUGUAAUCCUGUGAAAUGAAUUUCUCUUCAAUCAAAGUGCCCCAAAACAGAAGCACAAGUAAAUAAAAGAAAUUUAAAUUGCUACCCAGUAUACAUAAAAAUAUACAAUAAGUUGAGUAAAUUCAGCUUUCUUUAACCUAAUUGUAGUUGUGUUAAUAUAGCACAAAAAGGAUGUAUUUUAAUGAAGAUUAAAUAUUAUAAUUUGAGGUUUUGGGGACUGGUGCUGAUUCCAAAAAGUUAAUUUUUUAAUAAUAUAUACCAACAGAUUAUUUGUCAGGCUUCUGAACCAAUGACUGAAUGUCAAGAUGUUAGUUAAUUUCUAGACGUUUAUUUCAGUGCCAACUGUUUCAGAUCUAUUAAUAUAGGGAAUUUUUCCCUAAGAUUGAAUUCCUUUAUUUUCCUGGUAGAUUCACUAUUCUGUUAUAGGGGGUUGUUUUCUCUUGCCUUAUAGUUGAGCUGUUUGGUUUGACAAAGCUCAGCAGAGACUUAGUGUGAAAAAUCUAAGACUUUCUUCCACAUUCAUUGAGGCCCCUUAUAACAUUUGCAUACACUAGAAAAUGCCUUCAAUUUGUGUUUUACCAGAAUUUUGAUACUGGUCAGAAAUUUUAUACUGCCAACAAAGAAGACUCAACUUCUCAGAUAGUGGAAUGUAGUGGAAUACAUUGUUAUGAUCUAGCAGUUGCUCUAUGAGAAAGUUCUGACUGAGUGUGUUACAUGUAAGAAUUAAAUUCUUCUCAAAUAAUUCUUAACCUCAGUGAUGAGCCUAAAUUUACUCUGCUUGGCUCUCUACACAUGGCAUUUCAGGGUACAAGAUGUAGCAUUUCAAUGUAUAAGAUACAUGUAGUAAAUAUACGUGUUGGUAUCUUCAUUAACAUCUUUCUUUUCUAUUGCUUGGCUGUAAUUUUUGUAAAGAUAAAUUAUAUUGUUUUUUUAUGUGUGUUUUUGUGGUAAUGUUCAGAAGCCAGGCACCCUCAUUUUGCUAGCUUUGCAGAAUCUUAAAUGUGUACUCAUUAUUUCUAAUGAUGUAAAAAACAAAAAAAAGUACUGUUUAGCAUUUGACUUUUUUACAUGUUUAAAAUGUUGCUGGAUUUUUGUGCUGUUUGCCAAACUUAUACAAUAAAUAAAUGAAAUAUUGUGCUGA